AUGGGUAUGAUCAGGAAGGCUCUUCUUGUUGCUUUCACCUGCCUUUCAACACACAGUCUAAGCUUGGUGAAACCUGGACAUAGUCCAGAAGUCGCCUUGACACGUGAAGUUGAAAGAGUCAAGGCGAAUGUUUCAAGCGAGGAAGACUCUGAUGCACAAGAACACGGCAUUUUGUGGGUGAAGAACACGGGCAAGUUCUGCUUGGGCAUCUUGCUCACCUUGGUAGCAGUGACUGCUUCGUGGUACUUCGAACGGCAGCUUGCGCGGUUGGAGUGCUUGAUGUCAAUUGGCCGUAGCAUGUGCAGAAGUAUUCAGGAUGCGAAGGCAGCUCCAGAAAAUUCUGGCUGCCUUGUGCACUUGUCUGGCGAUCUGAAGCCGGAAUUGCCGAUUCAAGAUCCACGCUUUGCGUGUCAAAAGCUUAGUACAGGCUGCGGCCGUCUUCGAACACAGGUUCAAGUCUACCAAUGGGUUGACGGUCGAAACUCCCAGUUGCAGCAACAGUGGUCAGAGGAUCCGCAGAGCUUUUCGCUCUCUCGGCGAGACCCCUCGAAGAAGACACCGCCGCUACCCCUGGCAAGUGGGACAACUAUCACCAAUUCCACGUCAGUCAAGUUCGGUAUGGGAUUUGUCUUGCCUCGUGGGCUGCUAGACCAAUGCUCCUCAUUCAAGUCUGCUUCGCCGCUGCUGGGUUCGGAAGUUUUCACGCACAGUGGCAAGGAGAGAUUUCUCCUUCAUUCGGAUGGACGCUACUAUUGGCGGGCAGGCGGUGACUUUGCAGCGGAGAAAAUAGCAUCAGAACCUAUGCUGGGUGACUUGCGUGUUACCUUCGAGAUGGCUGCCACCGGUCGGGCAACCGUGCUGGCAUUGCAAGCAGCAGAUGAUGCUGGUGAUGGUUCUGCCACCCUCCUUCCAUACAGGCUUGUGCCGCAAGUCUAUGAGGAAGGAGAGCACAAGAGGCUGGUUGUGCAGGAAGCUCGGAAGUCGCGAGUCGGCUUAGCCCAGGAGGAUCAGGUGUGUCCUCAAAGCCGUCUGUGCUUCAGCUGCAACUUCGUGGCUGGCUGCUGUACGGGAGUUGCCACCCCGGAGAUCUUUCGCCUGUAUGAAGGACACCAAACUCUAGAUUCCUGUUUCUCAAAGCUGCGGAAGUCUUCCAGCGUUGAUGUUGGCCUGGGCUCCUGGUCGUUCCGACUUGUGGUGCUCUCUGUGAUGACCGCCGGCAUUCACAUCUCCUUCUCCGAGGCUAUAAUGCACAUGCUGCCCAUCUCGCGAAGCAUGACGGACACUCCCGGGACUGUUCCAAGGUUUGUUGUCAGCGCUUGCAUGUCGCUGGCGAUCACCAGUGCCAUCAUCAGCACCGUCUUCUUCCCCUACAAAGUGGGAAAGGCCUUCGUUCACCUGGCAGCAGCAGCUUUCUUCUUGGUGCUUCCCCUGAUCCUUAUGUCUUGA